GAGCCCAGGAUGGAAGGACCAUGCAGUGGUUCGCUUCCCGCUGAGCUGGCCAGGCUCUCUUCCAGUGCCUGAAUGGUUUUUCCUCAAGCAGCUUCCGCCGAGAAGAGGGGUCCAGGCUGUGAAACCUUCCAACGUCUCCCACUACAAAGAUGGCACUGCUGAAGGUCAAAUUCAGCCAGAAGAAACGGGUAAAACUAGCCCAGGGACUAUGGCUCAUGAACUGGUUUUCGGUGUUUGCUGGGAUCCUUGUCUUUAGCAUGGGGUUGUUCCUCAAAAUCGAGCUCCGGAAGCGAAGCGAAGUGAUGGACAAUUCUGAAAGCCACUUUGUGCCCAAUUCUUUGAUAUUGAUGGGUAUAUUAUCCUGCGCCUUCAAUGGGUUUGCUGGCAAAAUCUGUUACGACUCUCUGGAUCCCGCUAAAUUUGCCAAGUGGAAGCCUUUGCUGAGACCUUACCUGGCUCUCUGUUUCCUCUUUAACAUUCUCAUUUUCUUCGUUGCUCUGCUUUGCUUUCUCAUGCGGGGCUCUCUGGAGAGCACCCUGGCCCAGGGGCUCAAGAACGGCAUGAAGUUCUACCGGGACACAGACACCCCGGGAAGAUGCUUCAUGAAGAAGACCAUCGACAUGCUCCAGAUCGAGUUCAAGUGCUGCGGGAACAAUGGCUUCAAAGACUGGUUCGAAAUCCAGUGGAUCAGCAACAGAUACCUGGACUUCAGCUCCAAGGAAGUGAAAGAUCGGAUCAAAAGCAACGUGGACGGCAGGUACCUGGUGGACGGUGUCCCUUUCAGCUGCUGCAACCCCAGCUCGCCGAGACCCUGCAUCCAGUACCAGGUCACCAACAACUCCGCUCACUACAGCUACGACUACCAAACGGAGGAGCUCAACCUCUGGCGCCGCGGCUGCCGGGAAGCCCUCCUGCACUACUACAGCAGCAUGAUGAGCUCCAUGGGCGCCGUCGUCCUCCUCGUCUGGCUCUUUGAGAUGUCCGUGAUGGCUGGCUUGCGUCUCCUGCACACCUCUCUGGAAAGCAUCCCAAACCCUGAGGACCCUGAAUGCGAAAGCGAAGGGUGGAUCCUGGAGAACAGCCUGAAGGACACUCUGAAAUCCGCGCUGGAGAGCUUGAAAAAGCUCGGUAAGUUCAACCAGGUGGAAGCAGAAGGAGAAGGGGCCGAAGGAGAGGAAGGAGGGAAGACGCCAGCCAUCGCAACGGUCAGCUGAGCUCCUCUCCGGGGUGGACUUGUUAUCAGAGAAGAAACAAACUGAGAACUGUGCAGAUCUACGUUACAAGCUACGCAUCGACCAUCAGAAUACGCGGUUCUACACA